GUACGACCUUUGAUUAAUUAUAAAAGCACAAUGGUUAACCCCUUAUUUCCUUCAUCUUACCCAAUCACAGCAAGUAGAAUAGAACUUCAUUCAUGGCUUCUUUUACCCCUCCAGUUCCAAUCAUCAGCACUACUACUUCUUUCCUCUCUCCCAGCUCAUUCUCUCGUAACAAAUCAUAUAGUUACCACCUAAUCCCCAAUUACCACAGAAAAAGCUUUGCAUGCAAUGCCACAAACGACCAUGCCCAUGACCACAGUCAUAACCUUAGAGAUCAGCCCCAUAACAAAGCGCAUCCUAAGUUUGAUAGGAGAAACGUGCUCAUUGGGCUUGGAGGUCUAUACGGCACCACCUUGACAGGGCUCAGCUCUAAUCCCUCGGCCUUUGCCGAUCCAAUUGCGCCACCAGACUUAUCUAAAUGUGGGCCGGCAGACUUCCCCGAAGGCGUGACACCAACCAAUUGUUGUCCACCAGUAUCUCCAAAAAUCAUUGACUUCAAGCCACCUCCGGUGAGCAGAUUGCGCACUAGGCCAGCGGCUCAUGCCGUCGACGAUGCUUAUAUUGCCAAGUACAACAGAGCCAUCCAGCUCAUGAAAGCUCUGCCGGACAGCGACCCUCGUAGCUUCUCACAACAAGCCGAUAUUCACUGCGCCUAUUGUGACGGCAGCUACGACCAAGUUGGGUUCCCAGACUUGGAGCUCCAAGUUCACAACUGUUGGCUUUUCUUUCCCUUUCACCGUUAUUACUUGUACUUUUAUGAAAGAAUACUAGCCAAACUUAUAGAUGACCCGACCUUUGUUUUGCCCUUCUGGAACUGGGACUCCCCUCCCGGCAUGCAGUUGCCGGCUCUUUAUGCUAAAACCAACUCGCCUCUUUACGACACGCUCCGGGACCGUUUCCACCAGCCACCGACACUAGUUGACCUUGACUACAGCCCUGCAGAUGUCGGUGUUCCCACGACUGGUAGAGAAGAACAGUUAUCGAUCAAUCUCAAGAUUAUGUACAGAGAGAUGGUAGCAAACGGCAAAAAUGCGCAGCUGUUUCUCGGUGCGCCUUAUAGGGCCGGAGACGAGGCCGAUCCUGGAGCGGGUUCACUGGAAACCAUUCCUCAUGGACCGGUCCACUUGUGGACCGGUGAUAGCACCCAGCCCAACUUCGAGAACAUGGGAAAUUUCUACUCGGCUGCUCGUGAUCCCAUAUUCUUUUCCCACCACUCAAACGUUGACCGAUUGUGGAGUGUGUGGAAAACCCUUGGAGGAAAAAGAAGAGAUUUCACUGACCCGGAUUGGCUUGACGCAGGGUUUUUGUUCUACGACGAGAAUGCCCAGCUAGUUCGGGUCAAGGUCCGAGACUGCCUCGACACGAGAAAGCUCGGGUACGUCUACCAGAAUGUUGACAAUCCAUGGCUUAAGGCAAAGCCCACGCCACGUCGAACAAAGUCAACCAAAGUGGCGAGCACUAGAGGUAGAGCAUUCGGAGCUGCUCUUGCGGCGGAGAUCUCGACCGUUAGCUUUCCGAUUACGUUAGAUAAGGUUAUAAGUACUGUUGUAAGUAGACCGAAGAAGAAGAAGAGGAGCACGAAGGAGAAGGAAGACGAGGAGGAGGUGUUGGUGAUUGAUGGUAUUGAGUUUGACCGGAAUUUUGCGUUGAAGUUCGAUGUUUACGUGAACGAUGAGGAUGAGGAAACGCCGAGCGGACCUGGGGUAUCUGAGUUCGCGGGGAGCUUUGUUAAUGUGCCGCACAAACAAACGGGUGUGAAGAAGACGAAGACUUGUCUGAGGUUGGGAAUAACGGACUUGCUUGAGGAUUUGGAAGCUGAAGAUGAUGACACCGUUGUUGUUACUUUGGUGCCAAAGGUCGGAGUUGCGACCGUUUCUGGAAUCAAAAUUGAGUUUUUGUCUUGAAUAGUAUUCCCUUCUUCUUAAGAUAUUAAUAACACUUAAUCUUAUUUUGAAAAAGAUAAAAAAAAGUACUUAAUCCUACUACAUAUAUAUGGAAAAAAAAUCUGCUCUCCCAAUUUCCUAUCCCUCCAUUUCCUAUCCCUCCAUGUCCCGCUAUGGAGGAAAUUGAGACAGCAGAUUUUUUUCAUAUAUAUAUAUGGCUGAUGUAUUUAUACAUAUGCACGUAAGAAUUAAAAAAAAAAUGCAUAUAUGAUUCUAUAAAUGUCAUUGUAGUAUCAAUAAAAAUAUCAGAAUAAUUUUCUUUAAAAAAGAUAAA